AUGCGCUUACUUGCUCUUCUGCCUAGGAAUACCCUCUUGUCAUUUAGUGCAGUUUCGAAUGUCCCCGUGGACGAGAGCAUGUUCAGUCUCCUCCUCACACAGCAGCAGAAGCUGGCGGAGUUGGUGCUAGGACCUGUCACGUUCAACUGCGUCCCACUCUUGUCUUCUGGCUACUUCGGCGAUGCUCUAUGGUCAACGUUGCAUAGUCUAGCCAUUCCGGAAGUCAUUGGCAGCAAAGACGAUCUGCACGCAUAUUGGUAUAUGUUACAGCGGUGCUCCGAGCUCGAAUAA